AUGCUUCAUUUCGCUCGCUGGAAAUUCGUGCUGAUCGUGCUUGUGGUUGCCGCAGGUAUUCUCACGACGCUGCCGAAUUUCUUUACCGCCAAACAACUCGAGAGCUGGCCGGACUUCCUGCCGAAGAACCAGAUGGUUCUUGGGCUCGAUCUGCAGGGUGGCGCUUAUCUGCUCUAUGAAGUGGAUCAGAAAAAAUACAUCGAAGAUCGUUUUAAGGCACUUGAAGGCGAAAUUCGGGACGUUCUGCGGGAAAACCCGAGAAUUGGCUAUACAGGCCUGGACGCUCGACCGGAGUCCGCGCAGGUCAGAAUUCGGGAUCUGACACGCCUGGAUGAGGCAAGGGAGCGCCUUUCGCCACUGGUAAAUCCUCUUGUUUCCAGCUUGUUCGGAGGUCAGCCGGUCGACGAGUUCGAUUUGAGUGUCGAUGACAAUGGACUGGUCCGGUUUACCUAUUCAGAAGCAGGCCUGGACAACAGGCUUCAGUCGAUCGUCCAGCAAUCCAUCGAAGUCAUCCGCAAACGUGUUGACGAGCUCGGCACGACCGAGCCGAAUAUUCAACGGCAGGGGACAGACCGGAUCCUGGUGGAAGCGCCGGGUGAGGGAGAUCCUGAACGCCUCAAGGAUCUUAUCGGUGAAACCGCGAAGCUGACAUUCCAUCUGGUCGACAGAAACAUGACAGGUGAACAGGCGCUUCAGAGCCGCCCACCGGUGGGUACCUCGGUGUUCAUGUCAGUUGACGAUCCUCCCAUUCCCUAUCUCCUGCAAACCACACCCUUGUUGGGUGGGGAAGACCUUGUCGACGCACAGGUUGCCUUCGGCCAGAAUACCAACGAACCGGUUGUGACCUUCCGCUUCAACCAGUCGGGGGCUCGGGAAUUUGCACGGGUCACGACAGAAAACGUCAAUUUCCCCAUUGCAAUUCUCCUGGACGAUGAAGUCAUCUCGGCGCCCGUGAUCAGAGAGCCGAUCCUGCUGCUGGCGGACAUUCUGGAUCAGUCCAUCAACGAGACCCUGUCGCGCACAACGAUGACAUCUGUCACGACACUCCUGGCCCUGAUUGCGCUCUAUGUUUUCGGCGGAGAGGUCAUUCAGUCGUUCACGCUCGCGAUGAUCUUCGGCAUCGUGAUUGGAACCUACUCGUCGAUCUUCCUGGCAGCUCCUUUGCUUAUCCUGCUCAACCUUCGUCCGGACGCGUUGUCCCGAAAUGAUGGCGAUGAUGAAAAGGAAGCCAAGGCGAACGCGGCGCCAAUUGAUGCCUACGGCGACGGUGGCUUCAGAUUUGCGAACAUGUCCCACCUGGGGUCGCUGUUAUGCGUCCCCAGUGGGAUCUAUGGCUGGAACAUAGGUGAUCCGGCCGAAUUCAGCGAUGAAGCUUUCCAGCGUGUCUUCGAAGAACAUGCAGACAUCGAGGUGCUGCUCGUGGGAACCGGCAAGGAUUUGCGUCCGCUUCCGGCGGACCUGAAAUUCCGGUUCCGCGAAGUCGAAAUCCUGGCAGACCCCAUGUCAACGGGAGCGGCAGUUCGGACAUUCAAUGUUCUCCUGUCCGAGGACCGGGCAGUGGCAGCGGCUUUAUUGGCGGUAGACUGAUCCGGUUUUCAAACCAUAUGGGCGCCUAUGACCACCGACGAUGAUUAUGCCGCCGAUAUUGUUCGCCA